ACCGCUCGCACUUGAGCUCGGAGAGAAAGGAGGAAGAGCUCGAGAAAAAAACAAUUCCCCAUUUCUCCUCUCUCUCUGCCUCUCCCUCUCAGUGGUAGUGGUGUGUCAUAGCUAGGGUUCCCUCGCGCGAAUCCGCCUCGGCUCGUCGGGCUGCCGCCGCGAUCUGGAGCAUCGGUUCGGCGGCGCCUGAUCCGGACUUGCGGGGGCGGGGAUGAAGUCGUCCCUGCGGAAGCUGCGGGGCUUCGCGCUGCAGCGCCAGGAGCAGCGGGUGGACCGCCACCGUGACCACUCGACCGCCGCCAAAGUGGCGGCGGACGAGCUCCUUGCGGCUGCCAAGGAUAUGGCGGAUAUGAGGAGCUGUUACGAUAACUUGCUUGCUGUCGCAGCAGCAAUAGCAAACAGUUCAUACGAGUUUUCUGAAGCAUUACAAGAAAUGGGGACUUGUUUACUGAAGAGAGUCACACCAAAUAAAGAAGGAAUUAAUGAUAAGGUUUUGCUGUUGCUCGGGAAAUCGCAAUUUGAACUCCGGAAGCUUGUAGAUAGUUAUCGUGUUCAUGUUCUUAGUACCAUUACCGCUCCAUCACAGUCCCUUCUUAAUGAGCUUCAAACUGUAGAGGAAAUGAAGCGCCAGUGUGAUGAAAAAAGAGAACUGUUCGAAUUCAUGCUAAAUGCGCAAAAAGAAAAGGGGAGAUCGAAGAACUCGAAAGGUGAUAGUGCAUCAGAGCAAUUGAAACAAGCUCAGGAAGAUUAUCAAGAGGAAGCAACUCUUUUUCUAUUCCGGUUAAAGUCAUUGAAGCAAGGACAGUUCCGAAGUCUUUUCACUCAAGCUGCCCGGCAUCAUGCUGCCCAGAAAUUCAUAUUGUGUUCUUGUGUCGACCAGCUAAAUUUAUUCAGAAAGGGUGUCAAGUCUCUUGAGGCCGUCGAGCCACAUGUUAGGAUUGCUGCUGAGCAACAACACAUUGACCAUCAGUUUAGUGCACUUGAGGAGGAUUGCUCUGUUGAAGACGAAAAUGAUGACGAUUACAAUGACAGUCAUGAUGGAGAGCUGUCUUUUGAUUAUGGAGAAAGUAAGGAAGGCACAGAAGCUGGUCAUGCUUCCAGGAGUCCUUCAGAGGAAUUUUUUGACAGAAGUGAAAGGCAAAGACCUGUAAGUCAGUCAGCUCCACUAUUUCCUGAGAAAAAGCUUGAGGCAGCAGAAAGAGUAAAAGAGUUGCGGCGUUCUGCAACGAGGAAGUUGAAUACUUAUGUUUUGCCUACUCCAAAUGAUGUUCAAGCCACCUCUCAUACAGUUUCAGGGAAUCCUACAAGUGGAUCUCAUGUAGAGACCAAAGGUGCAUUCCAUUCAUCUCCACUCAACCAGAGUACAAAUAUGGGAGAUUUGAGAGACAAUAAUAAGCUACCAAGUCCUACCAGAUUAUCUAAUGCGCAGUCAGUGCUGAAAGAAAGCAAUACCAAUACUGCAGAAAUCAAAACAAUGCUCCCUGUGAGUGAUCUCGCUUUACCAGGCUAUCAUGAGUUAAAGACUUCUUCUGACAACAGAAAAGUGAAGAGAGGGUCCUUCUCUGGACCAAUUCCUCCCCGAUCAAGGUCAACAGAGAAUAUUGAUGUUAUUUCUGCACCGCCAAGGCACAGCUCUGCACAUCAGCCAACAGUUCAUGUGAGAUUGUCACCAAGUUCCUCCCCACCACCCAUAUCUUCACCCAAAAUUAAGGAGCUUCAUGAGCUACCACGACCUCCAGCCAGUGCAUCAAAAACUACAGCAUUUCCUAGUUUAGUCGCUCACUCUGCCCCGUUGGUACCAAAUUCUGCCCCUUUGGCACAUAGAGGCCACUUAGGGCAUGACCAUUUCAAUUUUAGGGCCAGGCAAACACCACCAAGCGCUCCACAAACUGCAUCGCCUCUACCAACACCACCUGGGCCUAUAGCUCGAAGUUUUUCUAUACCCUCUAGGGGCAUGAGAACAGGUAUUUCAGAUGGUAAAGAAACAGAAGAUCAUCAUGAUAAAGGGGCUGCCAGAAUGAGCCUCUCUUCUCUUCCUUCAGCGCAAACAUUCUUAGAUGAUCGCCAGCCUUCCUCAGCCGCCGCCGAGUCAGUUAGCAAAAUAUAGGGUAUUUGGUGUUAACCUUGAGUUUUACGAUAUAUCACGCUAGGCAGGGAGGCCCAGCUACUCUUCCUGGAAGAAUAUUGUACAUACUAGUAUGUGAACUCAGCUCAUAUUGCAAAAUGGCUGAUGUUUGGUGUCCCCUAUGGUCAAGAAUGUAGUUGUGCAAAUAACGAGCUGUGGAAUAAAAUAUCCAUUUUUCUCUGAUCUAUUUAUUCGUUUUGAGCCA